AUGAAAAUACUGAUUUUUCUGAUAGCAUCGUCGUUUGCUCUCGAAGGAAGAUACUAUCCGAUUGCGAAAAGGCUGCUUUCUCAAAAGUAUAUUGAUAAACUUGAGAAACUGAGAAAAUACAAGAUGCCAAAAGACUUCUCCUUGACUGAUGAUGAAAAAGAAAAGAUAAAAGCUAGAGUUCGCCAAACUCGAACGAGAAUACAACACCUUUUCGAAAAAUACCGAGAAGAACGCCACUCCCCUCAACCUCUUACGCUCUCUCAUUCUUUGAUGAAACCAUCCAGCGAAACUCAUCAAAAAUUAUUCGAACAUGCAAUAGGCUGA